AUGUCAGACAUAUCCAAUUUACUUGACAGCGGGUACGUAAGACCGAAAUAUGAGAAAUGGGCGCUGCAGGCCGCGAACAAGGACUGGACGAACGGUGGACAGGGGCUCCAGAAAACCGCAAUUGGCUGCUGGGGCAUUCUGGGGCUGACCUUUGACUAUUGGCGCCAAUCAUCUCCAAGCAUGAUGUCGGACCGUGCCUGUCGUCUUUCGCCCCUGAAGAAGUCGGAUCGGUGCCCCAUCACCCAAAACCUAAAUCUGGAAGCUCUCGUCUGGCUCUCAUUCUGA